AUGACAAGCGUACCUCCGCAGAAGAGCGAUUUGAGGCAACCAAAGGAAAUUUACCAGGACAGGCCUCACGGCUACAAGAUGGAGACCGGCAACUUCAAGACCCACACAUCUCAGAUAGACGACGCGUCCGGGGACAAGGCCCACAUGAAGAAGGCACACAAACGAUCUUCGGCUGCGCUCCUGCUCAUCGAUUUGCAGAACGACUUCAUCGAGGGCAGCUUGGCCAUCAGGUCGUGCCCGUCUGGCCACGAAGCCCUCGACGUAAUUCCUGUGGUCAAUAAGCUUCGAGCGCACGAGUAUUGGCGAAAGGUGGUGUGGACUCUAGACAGCCACCCAGAAGACCAUUGCUCCUUCAUCACUAACGCCAGCAAACAUCCGUUCCACGAGAAGUCGCCAAUCAAGCCUGAGCAAGCCAAGAUGUUCGAUACGGUCAUACUUCAGGGUCCGGAGAAGCUGCCAGAGAUGGAGCAGAAGCUGUGGCCGGUGCACUGUGUCGAGGGGACAUGGGGCUGGAAGCUGCACAAGGACCUCAAGGUGGAGAACGAAGACUCCUUCGUCAAGAAGGGAACCAACUCGAAGGUCGACAGCUACUCGGCCUUCUACGACAAUGCCAAGCUCAACAAGACCAACCUGCACGAUAUCCUGCGGGCCGAGGGCGUCAGGGACAUUUAUCUGUGCGGCCUCGCGUGGGACUACUGCGUCGCCUUCACCGCGCUCGAGGGUCGAGAGCUGGGCUACAACGUCUACGUGGUGUCGGAUGGAUGCAAGGGGGUGGACAACGACGGGAUCAAGGCCAUGAGCGAGCGGAUGCGACAGGCGGGCGUCAAGAUCAUCAGCAGCCAGGACCUGGAGAAGAGUCUCGACGAGAAGGACCACAACAGCGACAACAACAACCACCUCGAGGCCGCGCACAGGCGGCGAACAGCUUCUUCAUCUGCAUCUUCACCAGCACUCGCCGUGGAAGAGAGCAGGGAGCGAGGGACGCUGAGCACCAACUAG